UUUGCUUCCUCUUCAUCGUCUUCUUCUUGCCAUGGCCGCGGCCACAGCCAUAGCCACGGGCAUCGGCACCGGCAUGGCCCCUCUCCUCUCCCCCGGCGCCGCCACGGCAGCUCCCUCGAACCGACUAAUCAUCCCCUCUGCCCUCACCGCUCAUUCUCCGCUUCCAGCCCCCACCCGCCGCUCCCCUAGCCGCCGCCGCCUCCUAUCUGCUCCGGCGGUGGCCCGGUCCGAUUCCGAUGGCCCCCCGGAUCUCUCCCCCUGCCCCUCUUCACCCGGCAACGGCACGGCCGCCUCCACCUCCGCGCUGACGUUCCAGCAGGCCAUCCAACGGCUCCAGGAGUACUGGGCCUCCGUCGGAUGCGCCGUCAUGCAAUGCAGUAACACCGAGGUUGGAGCAGGGACGAUGAAUCCUCUGACCUUCCUCAGAGUGCUUGGCCCCGAGCCAUGGAACGUCGCUUAUGUGGAACCAAGCGUGAGGCCAGAUGAUAGCCGCUACGGCGACAAUCCUAACAGGCUUCAACGCCACACGCAGUUUCAGGUGAUUUUGAAGCCCGAUCCAGGGAAUUCACAGGAUCUCUUCCUGCAUAGCCUGUCAGCAUUAGGUAUCAAUGUUUGUGAACAUGACAUCCGUUUUGUCGAAGACAACUGGGAGAGUCCAGUUCUUGGUGCUUGGGGAUUGGGCUGGGAGGUUUGGAUGGAUGGCAUGGAAAUCACACAAUUCACAUAUUUUCAGCAGUCAGGAAGUCUUCCCUUGCUGCCAGUUUCUGUCGAAAUUACAUAUGGACUUGAACGUAUCCUCAUGUCACUUCAGGGAGUAGAUCAUUUCAAAAAGAUACAAUACACAGAAGGAAUUACGUAUGGAGAACUAUUCCUUGAGAAUGAGAAAGAGAUGAGUGCAUAUUAUUUGGAGCAAGCAAAUGUUGAUCACAUUCAAAAGCACUUCGACGAUUUUGAAGUAGAGGCUCGCUCUUUAUUAUCACUUGGGCUGCCAAUUCCUGCGUACGACCAGGUUCUGAAGGCCUCUCAUGCUUUUAAUAUUUUAGAUUCUAGAGGCUUUGUUGGUGUAACUGAGCGUGCAAGAUAUUUUGGUCGCAUGCGGAGUCUUGCUCGCCAAUGUUCUCAGCUUUGGUUGAAAACACGAGAGGACAUUGGUUAUCCAUUGGGCAUUUACCAAGAGGCUAAUUUUAUAUAUCCCCAUAACUCUGAAAAGCUUAGUAGAAAGGAAGUGCUGGGGCAGACACAGGCACAUGUGUUUGUUCUUGAAAUAGGAACAGAAGAGUUGCCACCCCAUGAUGUGGUAGACGCAACUGAACAACUUGAGAAAUCUCUAGUUCAAAUACUAGGAAAGCGUAGACUGAGCCAUGGGAAGGUGCACUCUUAUGGGACGCCACGGAGAUUAGCGAUUAUUGUUGAAAAUCUUAGUAUGAAGCAAAUGGAAGAAGAGGUUGAGUUACGUGGUCCACCAGUGUCUAAGGCAUUUGACCAAGAGGGAAAACCGAGUAAGGCUGCUGAGGGUUUUUGUCGAAAGAAUAAUGUUCACGUAGAUUGCUUAUAUAGAAGAAUCGACGGUAAAACAGAAUAUAUAUAUGCUCGUGUCAAAGAGUCUGCACGUUAUGCUGAUGAGGUCCUAUCUGAAGAUUUAUCUACUAUUAUAUCUGGUAUUUCAUUCCCGAAGUCUAUGCGCUGGAACUCAAAUAUUGUGUUUAGUCGCCCUGUAAGAUGGAUCAUGGCACUCCAUGGAGAUCUUGUCGUGCCAUUUUCUUUUGCUGGCAUCUCAAGUGGGAACCAGUCAUGUGGACUUCGUAACUCCUCAUUGGCGAGUUUUAAGGUGGAAACUGCAGAAUCAUAUUUGCGCACUGUGGAAAAAGCUGGGAUCGUGAUUGAUAUGCAGGAGCGCAAAGCAAAAAUCUUGGAUGACUCUAAUAUAUUGGUUAAAGGAGUUGAUGGGGGUUUCAUUGCACCUGAUAGCUUGCUGCAGGAGGUUGUCAAUCUUGUGGAGGCACCUCUUCCCAUUCUUGGUCGAUAUGAUGAUUCCUUUUUAGAACUUCCAAAAGAUGUAUUAAUAACGGUUAUGCAGAAACACCAGAAGUAUUUCCCUGUAACCUCCAAGUCUACAGGCGAUCUGCUUCCAUAUUUUAUUACUGUUGCUAAUGGUUCUAUUAGUGAAGAAGUGGUCCGUAAAGGCAAUGAAGCUGUACUCAGGGCAAGGUAUGAGGAUGCCAAAUUCUUUUAUAAGAUGGAUACACAAAAGCAUUUGUCUGACUUCCGAGGCCAGCUCAAGAGCAUUCUCUUUCAUGAAAAACUUGGUACAAUGCUCGACAAAAUGGCGCGUGUUGAAGGUGUUGUUGCAGAGUUGACCCUUGUUCUCGGGAUAAAUGAGAUGAUGAUCACAGUUAUCAAAGAUGCAGCUGCAUUGGCUAUGUCAGAUCUUGCCACUUCCAUUGUUACAGAAUUUACUUCACUUGCUGGAAUUAUGGCACGCCAUUAUGCUUUAAGGGAUGGUCUUUCAGAACAGAUUGCAGAAGCGCUAUUUGAGAUAACACUUCCAAGGUUCUCUGGUGACGUUUUUCCAAAAACGGAUGCUGGAAUAGUCCUUGCGGUUGCUGAUAGAUUGGAUAGUCUAGUGGGUCUGUUUGGAGCAGGAUGUCAGCCAAGUUCUUCGAAUGAUCCAUUUGGAUUGAGAAGAAUCUCUUAUGGACUGGUCCAAAUAUUGGUUGAGAAUAAGAAGAACUUUGACCUCACGAAGGCCUUGACUUUAGUGGCAGAGGUGCAGCCUAUAAGAAUAGACAAUAACGUUAUAAAUGAGGUACUACAAUUUGUAACCCGGAGACUGGAGCAACUUUUGGUUGAUGAGGGAAUUAACUGUGAAAUAGUGCGGUCAGUGCUUAUGGAGCGUGCAAACUGUCCUUACCUAGCAUCACAAACAGCAGCUGAAAUGGAAGCAUUUUCAAGAACUGAAGAUUUUCCAAAAAUCGUCGAGGCGUACUCAAGGCCAGCUCGAAUUAUACGUGGAAAACAAAUCGAGUCUGCUUGGGAGGUCGAUGCAAGCGUAUUCGAGAAAGACGAAGAGAAAGCCUUAUGGAGCGCCUACUUGGAGGUUGCUGAUAAAAUCCAUCCUGGUGUCGAUGUUAAAACCUUUGCCGACGCGUCUCUUCUCCUGAUACAACCCCUCGAAGAUUUCUUCAACAAUGUUUUCGUCAUGGCGGAGGAUGAGAAAAUUCGCAACAAUCGUCUGGCGCUGCUAAGGAACAUUGCAGGUUUGACCAAGGGGAUAGCUGACCUCUCGGUUUUACCAGGGUUUUAAUUAACAUUUGAGCACGCAAGCAGGUGAUGGACAUGAGCAUGUUUAAGUCCCAUUUUUGAGCUGUUGUGAGGCAAUUUGUUUACAUUUGUUAGUAGUGAUUUCAUCUGGAAAGUGAGUGCCUGGGAAGUGGGAAUUCAAUGAGAUUGUAAGAUGGUUCUUGCGUUUUCUCUCUCAAGAUAACGCGAUUUUUUUUUUGCAUCAA